AUGCCGACUUUGGCGAAAAAUACAGUUAUUGUUGGAGAAAGGAUUUUAAGAAAUAUUGGUCCUAACGUAAGAGACGUGAGAAGAAACGUCGAAGGGGCUAUUACAGUUUUAGUAAAAAAUUUCGAUGAAAAAAUAUAUGUCUCACAAGUGCCUUCAAAUAACCAAGUUUCGUAA